AUGCAAAAAGUUAAGGAGACCUGGGAGAAAAAGCUGGCAGAUGUGGAAUGCAAGGCUGCAAAAAUUCCUACUAAGGAGAAAUCCCUACAGAAGUCUAUCGACGCCGCCCUCGCCUAUAAAAAGGAGCUAGAUGGGGAAGUGUUAGAGCUUACUGGAACACAAUUUCACAACAGGAUAAUUAGUAGAUCAUCGACGGACACAAAAGACAUUGUGAGAAAUUUCAGUGUGCCCAUUGAAAAUGAUAAUCUUAAUAGUGUGCCCAUUGAAAAUGAUAAUCUUGAUAGUGUGCCAAUUGUUGAUGAAGUUAAUAAUGAUGAUGAUGUCGAUGAUGAUGAUGAUGAUAAUGUUGAUUAUGAUAUAUUUGAUCCAAGAAAUUGGGAUCGUCUUCAACCUAAACUGAUUGAUUUAUUAGUUGUGAAAGGUCCUAAAAGAGAUAAUUCUAUUGUGAAGGGUCCUAGAGAUAGUUUGAAUAGACGUUUUACGGCUAAUUUGUAUACUAGAGCUUUAGCAAAUGGAGAGGUGUGUGAUAGAGAUUAG